AUGGAUAAAAGAAAGAAGCCUUCAAAGAACGAUAAGAAGAGAGCUUAAAUUUAGGUUAUUUAAUAGAAGGAAGAUCAUGAAGAAUAAAACAGAGCUCCCUUAGUUAUGGUUCGUCACAACAGAGAAUGUGCCAGUAACAGAGUCUAUGACUUAAACAUUGAAAAUAUCACUAUUAUCUAAGGAGGUUAAGUUCUUCUUGACAACGCUGAAUUACAACUUACCCACGGAAGAAAGUAUGGUCUUAUUGGUAGAAACGGUGUUGGUAAAUCAAGUUUGCUUUACGCCCUCGCUAGAGGAGAUUACCCAAUCCCUGAACAUUUACAAGUUCUUCUCGUAGAACAAGAAAUGGUUGGUAACCACAAGAGUCCUCUUCAAUAAGUUCUUGAAACUGAUAUUGAAAGAGAAUAACUCCUCAAGGAAUAUGAAGAACUAGUUGCUAACAAUGAGGAUGAUGACAACACCCGUCUUAUUGAAGUCUAAAAGAGACUUUAAGAUAUUGAUUCUCACACAGCCGAAUCUCGUGCUUCUGCUAUUUUGGGUGGUCUCGGUUUUUCACAUGAAAUGAUUAUCAAUCCUUCUGAUAAGUUAUCUGGUGGUUGGAGAAUGAGAGUGUCUUUGGCUCGUGCUUUGUUUGUUUAGCCUGAUAUUUUAUUACUCGAUGAACCCACUAACCAUUUGGAUCUUGAUGCUGUUAUUUGGUUGGAAGAAUUCAUCGCUAAUAGUGAAAUGACCAUCCUCUUAGUCUCUCACUCACGUGCUUUCUUAAACUCUGUUUGCACAGACAUCAUUCACUAUUUCGAUUCUUAAUUAAAAUACUAUAAGGGUGACUAUGAUUAAUUCGAAAAGACUCGUGAAGAACAUUUGACCCUCCAAAAGAAGAAAUAUGAAUUUAACUAAGCUGAAAGAAGAGAAGCACAAGAUUUCAUUGAUAAAUUCAGAGCUAACGCAAAGCUUGCCUCAUUAGUCUAGAGUCGUAUUAAAGCUCUUGAUAAGAUGGAAGUCGUUGAAGAAGUCAAGGAAGAAAAGAAGACAAAUUUCCGUUUCCCUUAAACUGAAAAGUUAGUAUCACCUCUCUUCAGAAUUGAAGAUGUUAAAUUCGGCUACAGCCCUAACAAAAUUAUCUAUGAAAAUCUUAACUUCGCUGUUGACUCUGAUUCUAAGAUUGCAAUUAUUGGUGACAACGGAGCAGGUAAAUCUACCUUCCUCAAGCUCUUGACUGGUAAGCUUGAACCCAUAUCUGGUAACCAAUACAAGAACCCUAAGGUUUUCUACAGUUUCUUCACCUAACAUUUUAUUGAUCAACUUGAUGUCAAUCUUUCUCCUGUUGAAUAGUUAUAAUAAAAGUUCCCUGGAAAUAAAUCUGAACAUUAUCGUGCAUUCUUGUCUCGUUUUGGUAUAUUCUCAGAGAAAUAAAUCCGUCCUAUUAAGAAUCUUUCUGGUGGUUAAAAGUCUCGUGUUGCUCUUGCUAUUGCUUGCUAUACUGAACCUCACUUACUUAUUCUCGAUGAACCCACAAAUCACUUGGAUCUUGAUGCUAUUGAUGCCCUUAUUGAAGCUUUAUAAAACUACAAUGGUGGAUACAUUAUCGUUUCUCACGAUGAACAUCUUGUCGCUAAGGCUUGCAAUGAAAUAUGGUAUGUCAAGAAUAAAUCUCUUGUUAAAUUCAAAGGAGACUUCAAGGAAUAUCGUAAGGCUCUUAUCAAGAAAUAACUUUGA